AUGUUAGUUCAUUCUGGUUUCCUAAAUGAACAUGAAGAUUACUAUUCUCUUACCCCAGCUAGUCGCCUUUUUGUGAAAGAUGAUCCCUUGAGUAUGAGGUCAUACUUUCUCACCAUGCAUGAUCCAUGCGUUCAAAAACCAUGGUUUGAGUUAAGUAGUUGGUUUCAAAAUGAUUUCCCCACUGCUUUUCAUGCUGCUCAUAAUGGGAAAUCUUUUUGGGACUAUUUCGCGGAUGAGCCAAGAGUAAAUAAUAUUUUCAAUGAUUCAAUGGCUAAUGACUCGAGCUUGAUUGCCAAUGUGCUUAUUACGGAGUGUAAGCAUGUUUUUGAGGGGUUGACAUCGUUGGUGGAUGUUGGAGGUGGCACUGGCACUUUGGCAAUUGCCAUAGCCAAAGCUUUUCCUGCCAUAAAUUGCACCGUACUUGAUCUCCCUCAUGUUAUUGGCGAUCUCAAGGGAAGUGGGAACUUGGAGUUUGUCGGAGGAAGUAUGUUUGAGAAGAUUCCUAAUGCUAAUGCAAUCUUACUCAAGUGGAUUCUCCAUAACUGGAGCGACGAAGAUUGUGUGAAAAUAUUAAAGAAAUGCAAAGAGUCAAUUCCAAGUAGAGAAAAAGGUGGGAAAGUGAUAAUUAUAGACAUAGUGCUGGAAAAUCCAAAGCAAAAGGAUGAUUCUGUUCGAGCACAACAUAAUCUGGACAUGGUGAUGAUGGUUCUUUUUGGUGCCAAAGAGAGAACUAAGAAUGAAUGGGAAAAACUCUUCACUGAAGCUGGUUUCAGUGAAUAUGAAAUAACUCCCACCCUGGACACAAGGUCUCUCAUUGAAAUCUACCCUUGAAGAAAUGUGCGUUUA